AUGUCCAAGAUGAGGACAAUGGUGCAAGAUGAAUGGAUCCUUUAUAGUUUCAUGAACUUCUGGAGUGAACUCUGUCUCCUAGCAUCCUUAUUGUUACAUUCUAACAGGCACCACUCCUCCCACUCUAGCCUCCAUAGAGAAGUCUUGGUUGAUGAAAAACUCUGGGGACCAGAGGGCCUGGGGCGUCUCUACCUGAGUCUUUGCAUACAAAGGGGAAAAAAACAUGGGGACCUGACGAUUGGGAUCUUUUUAUCCUUGUUCUCAGUUGAAGUGAACAGGGUAACAGGAGCAGAGCUGUUUGAAAGUCUUCAACAAGCUUGUAAGCCUUAUCAGUGGCCGCACACAAAUUACCAGCAGGCUCUGGCUGUUGUAUUUGCUAUAGAGGAGAUUAACAGGGAUCCCUAUCUGUUGCCCAACAUUUCCCUGGGAUUCCACCUAUACAACACCUACCACAGUGAUGAGAAUACUUUGGAGAGCUCCCUGAGGUGGCUGUCUGGACUGAGUGAGUUCAUCCCUAACUACAGUUGCUGGGAGCAGGAUAAGUCUGUGGCUGUUAUUGGAGGAGCCACAUCAGUUCUAUCUGUUCAGAUGGGAACCCUGCUCGAUCUCUACAAGUUUGCACAGAUCACCUUUGGGCCAUUUGAUCCCAUCCUGAGUGACAAGGCUCAGUUUCCUUCCUUUUACCAGAUGGCCCCCAGGGACUGUUCCCUACAUAAAGGUCUGGUCAGACUGUUGACUCAUUUUGAGUGGACAUGGGUAGCUUUGGUGACAGUGGAUGAUCUGAGAGGUGAAGAUUUCCUUUGGGAAAUGACAUUGGAGAUGGCAAAUAAUGGUGUGUGUGUGUGUGUGUCCUUCACAGAGAAGACCCUUGUCAGUGAGAAAAGAUACUCAGAAUCAGAGAUGACAUUCAUUCCUAGGAUCACAGUGUCAGCAUCCAAAGUGAUUUUUGUUCAUGGUGACACAAAUUCAUUAAUGAUCUUGAGGUAUUCACAAGUUCCUCUUCUCUCACAUUUGAAGGUGUGGGUCAUCACCUCUCACUGGGACAUUACCAUGAGACCAAGAUAUGUUGAUGGUUAUUAUUUCCAUGGAGCACUAACAUUUUCUCACCUAACAAGUGAUGUUCCAGAUCUUAAGCUUUUUUUCAGGACAGUGAACCCUGCUAAAUACUCAGAGGACAUUGUACUGAAAGAAUUUUGGUGCUCAACAUUCAGAUGUACAGAUGAACCUGAAAAACUGAAGCAAGAGAAAUGUUCACCAAAUGCCUCCUUGGAGACUUUGCCUUUGCUUUACUUUGACAUGACCAUGUCCGACUUGAGUUACACCAUCUAAAACAGUGUCUAUGCUGUGGCUUGGACCCUUCAUGAAAUGUUCUUGAUAAAAUCAAAAGAUAGAUCCAUGGUAGAGGAAGAAAGCUGGAUGCCUCAUCCAUGGCAGCUCCACUCCUUUAUAAAGAAUAUCCAAUUUAACAACAGUGCUGGUGACCAGGUUUUUAUGGAUGAGAAUAGAAACCCUGAGGCUCAAUAUAAUAUCCUGAACUAUGUAACCUUCAAUGAGGAUGCUGAAGCUCUGGUGAAAGUCAGAUGGUUUAUCCCCAAUGCUGAGCCUGGCCAAGAUUUUACCAUUAAUGAGGAGGCCAUAGUGUGGAGCUGGACAUAUACUGAGAUUCCCUGUGCCACCUGCAGUGAGAGCUGUGGUCCUGGAUUCAGGCAAACCCUACUGGAGGGACAGCCCACCUGCUGAUUCAGCUGUUCUCUGUGUCCUGAGGGGGAGAUCUCCAAUCAGAUGAACAUGAAGCAUUGUGUGAAGUGCCCAGAAGAUGAGUAUCCAAAUAAGGAAAGAAAUAUAUGCCUCCCCAAGGUUGUGACUUUCCUGAAUUUUUUAGAACCUUUAGGGAUGGCUCUAAUCUGUGUAGCUCUUUCUUUUUCUCUAAUGACAUCUCUGGUUCUCUGUAUAUUUGUGAUGUUUCAAGACACAGCCAUAGUGAAAGCCAACAACCAGGCUCUCAGCUAUGCUCUCCUCAUCUCCCUCAACUUCUAUUUCCUUUGCUCCUUGUUCUUCAUUGGCCAUCCUACUUCAGCCACCUGCCUCCUUAGACAAACGACCUUUGGGAUUGUGUUCACAGUAGCCGUAUCUUCCAUUUUGGCCAAAACCACUAUGGUAGUCUUGGCUUUCAGGUUUACAACACCAGGCAGCAGGGGUAGAAUGUGGGUGCAAUCCAGAGCGUCCAACUCUAUUGUCGUUAUCUGUUCUGGGAUUCAAGUGAUUCUCUGUGGCAUCUGGUUGGGAAUCUCUCCCCCUUUCCCAGACAGAGAUACCCACUCUGAACCAGGUCAGAUCAUCAUUGGGUGCAAUGAGGGCUCUGACUUUGCCUUCUACUCUGUCCUGGGCUACUUGGGAUUCCUAUCACUAUGUAGCUUCACAGUGGCUUUCCUGGCCAGGAACCUUCCUGACACCUUCAAUGAAGCCAAGUUCAUCACAUCCAGCAUGUUGGUGUUCUGCAGUGUGUGGGUCUUCUUCCUCCCCACAUACCAGAGCAAGAAGGGCAAGGCCACGGUUACUGUGGAAAUCUUCUCCAUCCUGGCAUCCAGUGCUGGGUUACUGAGCUGCAUCUUUAUUCCCAAAUGUUAUAUCAUUCUGCUUAGGCCAGACAGAAACACUCAGGAAAGUAUAAAGAAUAAAGCAGAUCACAGGGGCAGGAAUCAUUCUGCAUCAUUGCCUGUUAAUUUCCACCAGAGUCAUAAUCAAUUUUAA